AUGACAAAAUUUUAUGCUGGUCAGUUCUUGUGUGGGGGCUUUCAAGGUACCUCAGUCACUCCUCAGGCUUAUCAUCUAAUAGUCGAGCAUCAUGUGUCAACGAUGAUUUUGUCACGUAAGAAUGCUGUUAGUGUGGAGCAAAUGUCCAAACUUAUUCGCGAUCUUCAAUACAUCGCCAUGACACAGGGACGAUAUGAACAUCCUUUAAUGUUUGCUAUUGAUGAAGAAGGUGGUAUGAGCAAUGCAUUAUUUGAUCCAGAUUUCUUGACCCAAUACCCUGGUGCAAUGGCGCUAGCUGCUACAGGCGAUCCAACAUUGGUUUACGAAAUACUGAAAGCUGUUGGUAUUGAACUUAAAAAGAUUGGAUUUUCCAUUAUAUUGGGACCAGUUCUAGACGUUGUGACAAAAUUUUCUCACCAGUUGGUUGGGGUUAGAAGUUUUGGAACCACUAUCGAAGAUGUUACAAAAUAUGGAGGAAUGUGUGCUAAAGGGUUACAGGAUGCGGGUUUGUUUACUGUUGGAAAGCAUUUCCCGGGGAUUGGGAAUGCUGCUGUUGAUUCGUUAUUAGAAUUACCAAUGAUUGGUGAUUCUUUGGACCAAUUGAGACAUUUUAAUAUUCGCCCUUUUGCAAAUCUAAUACAGCAAGGACUUCUUGAUGGAAUCAGUGCGGCUGGCUGUGGGGUUCCAAAUAUAAGUCCGGACGAAACCCAUGCUUGUCUUUCACCAAUAGUAAUUAAUCAGUUAUUACGAAAUGAAUUGCAAUUUGAUGGAUUAGUACUUAGUGAAUGUUUAGAAAUGGAAACAUUAUAUCAUUCUUUUGGGUUAGAGCAAGGUGUGAUUUUGGCACUUAAUGCGGGUUGUGAUUUAGUAAUGGUUUGUCAUGACUGGGAAUUGCAAAAUCAAGCGAUUGAAAGUAUAAGAAAAGCCAUUGUGAAUUUUCCUAGUGAUACUUUGUUGUCCAGCUACAAGAGAAUUGAAAGAUUGCAAGAACGAUUACCAAGAUGGUCCGAGAUUUUCCCAGAGGGAGAGCUUUCAGCAAAACAACCUCCAACAUUGUUCAGGAAUGAAUAUCCUGACCUAUGGGAGGAACAUCAAAAGUUGUCGUCACUGGCUUAUCAGAAAUCCAUUACGUUGGUGCGUGAUUUCAAUGGUGCAUUACCUAUUUCCAACUAUUUAUCUGAUGGAGAAGAAGUUGAUUCGAUACUAUUAUUGACGCCGUUGUUGUAUCCUAUUUACCCAUGUGAAACGGUUGAUAAAACGAAUAGUAGAUUACAUACCGGUGAAGAAGUAUUCCAAAAGUUUGGUGAUUUUCUAUCAGACCAUCCAAUUCGACAGGAAAAGAAGUAUAACGUUCUUCACACGACCUACACAGCUAAUGGAUUGACUCCGUUACAUGAAUCAUUGAUUGAGCAAUCGAAAGUCGUGAUUGUCGUGACCAGUGAAGCUUCAAGAAAUAUGCACCAAAUUGGACUUGUCAAAUUUAUAUCAUUGUUAUGUGGUGCAAGCCCAUCAACAUUAAACCGAAAUGGGGUUAAUGGCAAUGUUCCACCUCCACAAUCUACUAAACCAUUGAUAAUCGUGGCGACUCAAUCGCCGUAUGAUUUUUUCUAUAACAAAUCGAUUGGUAGUGCCUACUUGUGUUGUUAUGAUUACACCCCCAACGCGUUAUCCAAAUUGGCGCUGGUAUUGAUGGGAGAUUACGAGCCAGAAGGAUGUGUUCCUGGAGAGAAAAAGUUCAUGUUAAGAACCAAACCUGAACUGCCAAGUAGAUUGUCCCAUAACAACAACACACCAAGACGACGUUGGUUGGUGGAUGAGCUUGAUUGGCAAAGAGAUGGGGAAUCAAUAAUCAAGUUGUUCAAGUCGAAUUUUGACAGAAGAGGAAACAAGAUCGACUAUCAAGAUGACAGAUUCUACAAGCGUCUUAGUGGUUUUUUCGUUACUAUGAGGAGAACACAAAAGAGUUUUGUGGUGAGAAAUUCUUCGUUGAACAUUGUAUUGGGGUUUAUUUUGACGUUUGUCACGGAGACAGAUGGUGUUAGAAGCGGAAGAAUUAUCAUGGUUUUAGUUGACAAGUCUAAGCGUUGUCAAAACAUUGGGAAAUGUUUGCAUUCUCGAGCUAUGAAAUAUUUCAAGGAGGUAAACUGUAGUGAAAUUUAUUUAGGGAGCCGUGGUUUACCAUUGAUCUAUUUUGAUGAUAUUUCAAGCUCCACGGUGUCUUUUUUCAACAGUGUUGGAUGGACUAUCAAUCGAUCUGCCAAGAGAUACGUCAUGGUUUUGAACGAAUUGGGUGAACCACCAGAACUUCCCGAUAAUUAUAUUUUCGAUAGAACUCCUGAUAAAAUAGUUGCCAGAGACAGGUUCACGAAUCAAGUUGUUGCUUCUGUCACUACAUUUACGAGUAACUCUCAACUUAGUAAAUAUUUCCCAUUUAUUGAUUCCAUCAGAAAUGAUCAAGGCACAAUUGGUGGUUUGAUUGGUUUUACUGGUGAUAAGAAUGCUAAACAUGGAUUAGUUUCUAGUGCAAUUACCUAUUUUGGAUCUGCUGUAGAUGCUAUUAUGAUGAUUGAAUCAGAUCAUUCGUUGGAGUGCCUUGGAUUCGAAGAAUGGGCAUGGUAUUAUGAUUAUUAUGGAAGAAAAGACGUUUAG